AUGUCGUCAGAUUCAGAGCUCGAAAGUAUCCAGUCAGAUCUCAAAAUAUACUCGCCCGCCGAGGCGCACACCGCAGAGCACGAUCUCGAGCAGGGUGUGGGGGCCGGAGGCGCCACGGGGUCUGCGUCCAUCUCUCGAACGCACUCGCGUUUGUCACAUCUUCGCCAAACGAUCACCGGGGCGUCGCACGCCGAGGACCAAAACGAGCUACGGUCGCUUAUUCGCGAAAACUCCCAGGGUGUGCAACGUGCGCUGUCGCGUUACGAGUCCACUACGCACGGAUUGGGCCCCAUUGAGGCGCCCAUCGACCUCGAGCAAGUCAAGACUAACCCUGCCCCGCUUACCACGUACCACCCAGAGGACAAAUGGCAGUACCCUACAGACGCAGAGACCGGGAUGCGUAUUGUGCAGUUUGUCGACGAUGACCGCGACGACCCUCGGAACUGGCCAACCCGCCAAAAAUGGAACUACACCGUUUUGCUCGGUAUCGUGUGUCUGGAUGUGGCCAUGAUGUCCGCCGUCAUCACCGGUGACAUGGACACCCCUGCGCACUAUUUCGGAGUUUCCAUUGAGGUCAUGUGUUUGUGUGUGUCGCUGAUGGUGUGGGGAUUCGGGCUUGGCCCAUUGCUGUUUGCGCCGCUCUCGGAAGAGUUUGGUCGUAACUGGGUUUACGGCACUACUUUGUUCGUCGCCACCGUUUUCAUCGUGCCCUGUGGUGCGGCCAAAAACAUCGGUACUUUGUUGGCAUUCCGUUUCCUCGAUGGGUUUGCGUUUAGCGCUCCCAUGUGUUUGAUCGGUGGGUCCCUAAGUGAUAUGUGGCGCAACGAGGAACGUGGUGUCGCCAUGUCAUUGUUCUCUGCCGCGCCCUUCCUGGGCCCUGUCUUGGGUCCCAUUGUCGGCUCCCUUCUGUCCGUCAAGUGCUCUUGGCGUUGGGUUUACUGGUUCAUGCUGAUCUUCAGCUCGUGUCUCUACGGUGUAUUUAUGGUAUUCAUGCCCGAGACUCAUCAUCAAACGCUACUGAAGAAACGUGCCAAGAAACUAAGAAAGCUCACUGGAGACCCAACUUAUAGAGCCAUCUCUGAAAUUCAAAUCAGAACUCUGAAAGAGGUCGCAGAGGGUACUUUACUAAGACCUUUAAUCCUUCUAACAGAACUUAUUGUGUUUUUGAUCACCCUAUACAUGUCGGUGAUUUACGGCCUUUUGUACAUGUUCUUUUUCGCAUACCCAAUGGUCUACACGGAGGGUAAACACUGGGGUUACAUUAAGACCAGUUUGAUGUUCAUUCCGGUCGGUGUAGGUGUUAUCGCUUCAACAGUGGUUGCUCCCUUCCUCAACAAGGACUACUUGAAGAGAGCUCGCCGCUAUUUGGAUCGUGGAGAAAUCCCCCCUGCAGAACUAAGACUCAUUCCAAUGAUGAUUGGAUGCUGGUUCGUGCCAGUGGGACUAUUCGCUUACGCUUGGUCAUCUUUCCCUCACGUAUCCUGGGCCGGCCCUUGUUUUAGUGGGUUUGCAUGUGGGUUUGGUUUCAAUAUGUUAUACAACCCAGCUAACAACUAUAUUGUUGAUUCCUACCAGCAUUAUGCCGCAUCCGGUCUUGCUGCAAAGACUUUUGUCAGAUCCAUGUGGGGUGGGGCGGUGCCUCUAUUCACCAUCCAGAUGUACCGUAGGUUGAACUACGAAUGGGCUACUACUCUAAUGGCUUUUAUUUCCCUGGCUUGCUGCGUCAUCCCAUACAUGUUCUAUUUCUGGGGUGCCAAAAUCAGAGAGAGAUCCAAAUAUGCAUAUUCCCCAACGCCACCUUCUGCGAAAAAAGUCGAAACUACUGAUUCAGAUCAAAACAAAGAGGUCGACAACCUGAACCAGACUUCUACAACUUCAUCGGAACAAUCUCACAAAUAG